GUCAAUAUUGUGCUGCAAAAUAGAUAGCAUAAAAAGAAAAAGUCAAGCAGAAUUUCCCUUUAGCAUGUAUGGAAAAGCAAAAUGAUCAAGAUGAGGAUUGAGGAACUAAACCAACAGAAGCAAUUGAGCAAGCCGGGUGGCCUUAAGAAAAUCGACUUCCUCACGGGCCUUAAGGAUUUUGAACAUGAGACACAGAUUAAGCUUGCUCGCAGCACUCUGCCUGACCAUGAGGUCCGUAUCCUUCCUGAGUUGCCACAUGCAGCUUCAAUGGCUACAACCUUCGGAACCCAGCCUUCAGAUUUCUCAUUGCAGCCUUUCUCUGCCCAGGCAAUUGAACACGAAACGGUUAAAAGUUCUAUUAAAGUUGUUUGUGGGUGAAUAUGUUGAUUUACCUUGCAAAAAUAACAGUAAUAACAUCAUAACAGUUAUAACAUCAUAACGUAUAAUACAAAUAUUUAAUGUAUAAUACAUACAUUGCUAUCUGUAUCUAGUGACUCAAUAAAAAAUAUUUAUUUCA